CCAUUGUCUGUUUUUGCCAUGUGCUCCCCCCCUGUUUGUGUAUUGGUGUGGGGGUUGGUCAAUGUCCUUUGCCAUGUGCUUCAUCCCAUUGUUCUGUGUCUUGGUGGGAUGGGGAGGGGUGAUGAUGUAUUUCCUGUUCCUGGUUGUGUUUCCCCGCCCUCUGUAUAUAUCCUGUGUUUUGUGUUAAAAUAAAGGGAGUUGGCUUCCUGUUUUAAGAAGAGCUGGGUGCUGUCUAUUUCCUGAGGGAUUUCAAGGGUGGGGUCCGUGGAUGGUGUUCGGACAGGGGAAGCUGCGGUAUAACGGAAUAUACCCAAGAGUGGUCGGGUUCCUGUUCCGUUACACCCCCAUCACAAAUCUACCUCACAUGAUACCACCGUGU